GUCUCCGCCUAGGAGGCCAGAGGCAAUAGUCGGCAGCUCAGUGCGCAGCGCCAGCGUGGGUCACUCAACCUUCCUCUCGGCUAUAAAAACGCCGGAAGGGGUUAUUGACGGCCCAUGGCUUGUGGAGGCGAUGAACCGCAAACGCGAUGGGCUUUCGGCCUUCGAGGUGGCGACGGAACAGCUGGACGCCAUCAUCGACUUUGCGUCAUCGAAGCAUAAUAUCAGCAAGGACCUCAAGAGGAGCUUGCAGAAACUUCGAAAGUCGAUGCUGGACGCCAAGCUGGAGAGGGCGGUCGGGACGGCCAAGUGUAAACCCGUGAAAUCGGUGGAGUCGAGGUCUACCCAGACUGAGGCCCAAGGAUUCGCGGACUCGGGCAAGGUCGAGUCGACCGAAGGCGUGCCAGCUAAGACGGUGGUGCCAAAGUCUACCCAGACUGAGGCUCAAGUAUUUGCGGGUACGUCGGGGGUGACUACUCCAACGGAGCAGACACAAAAACGGGGGAGACAGUCUCCAGGGGAUGAGCUCCCUGGGGGCCGCUCCAAAACGCGGAGGGUUACUACCCCGAACAAGGGUAGUGGGGCUGGGAAGCUGAACCCCGGUCAGGUACCUCCAAAACCGGGGGAGGAAGGACCUGGAAAGGUCCGUCCACUCAGGCAAGACGGUGAUAAGGGGUUACGGCAGGCUGAAAGUUCUCAGCCGCACCAGACCAGGGAAAUAGAGGGGAAUGACGCCUCCUGGACCCUGGUCAAGAACAAGAGGAAACCGAAGACGUCAAGGGCCGAAAAGAAGGCCCAGGCGAAUGAGGGUAGCAAGAAGUCUAGGGUAGGCGCCAAUCGCUCCAGGGGCGAUGCCCUAGUCAUCACGGCGGACGAGGCUAAGUACUCGGAUGUUUUGAAGGCGAUGAGGAGUGACGUCAAGCUCGGUGAACUCGGCGCCGACGUACGUCGAAUAAGACGUACCCGGAUGGGCGAGAUGAUACUCGAGCUGAAGCGGGGCGUCUCGCAAAAGGGCGCCGCCUGCAAGAAGUUGGCGGAGGAGGUCCUAGGCGAGACGGCCAAGGUGAGGGCACUCACGACGGAGGUGAAUCUAAGGGUUAAAGACCUGGACGAGAUCACUGAAGUCGAAGAGCUCGUCACGGCACUGCGGCGACAGUGUGAAGUGGAGACGCCCACCGCAGCCGUUCGGCUACGGAAAGGUCCGGCAGGGACGCAGGUAGCAUUGGUUCGGCUAUCUGCAGCGGACGCCUCCAAGGUAGUCAAGUUAGGGAGCGUCAAGAUGGGAUGGUCGGUAUGCCCUGUGCGCAUAUACGAGCAACCCGAAGUUUGCUUCAAGUGCCUGGAACCGGGGCACAAGCAAUGGGACUGCAAAGGCCCUGACAGAAGCAAUCUCUGCCGACGCUGCGGAUUGGAGGGACAUAAGGCACAAUGCUGCACGAACCCUCCCAAUUGUUUGAUUUGUUCCAGCAAAGCUGUGAACAGCAAGCACCCCAUGGGGGGCUCGAUGUGCCCGGCGUUUAAGCGUGCUGCAAAAUCAAAGUGCAGGUAAAGCAGCUGGCUUGCUCGGCUUCGCCCGAGUGUUUGGUGUGCGCAGGUUUAGAGGAAACGGCGGAACACGUGUUGUUCGUGUGCUCACGUUUUCGCGCAAUGCGUGACCACAUGCUUGCCACAUGUG